AUGGCUGAUACAGGACGCGGAGGACAUCCGGGCGGUUUUGGACGGGGCGGCGACAGAGGUCGCGGUCGCGGCGAUCGUGGGCGUGGACGCGGUCGCGGCGGCCGUCGCCAGGAGGAGGAGAAGGAGUGGGUCCCGAUGACCAAGUUGGGCCGUCUAGUAAAAGAAGGCAAGAUCCGCUCCCUAGAGGAAAUCUUCCUCUUCUCAGUUCCGGUCAAGGAGCAUCAGAUCAUCGAGGCCCUUCUCUCCGGCCUCAACGACGAGGUCCUCAAGAUCAUGCCCGUGCAAAAGCAGACCCGCGCCGGACAGCGUACUCGCUUCAAGGCCUUUGUCGUCGUCGGCGACUCGAAUGGUCACGUCGGCCUUGGCGUCAAGUCCGCUAAGGAAGUCGCCACUGCCAUCCGAGGUGCCAUUGUUGAUUCCAAGCUCAACAUAGUUCCCGUGCGUCGCGGCUAUUGGGGCGCUGCCAUCGAUCAGCCGCAUACCGUCCCGUGUAAGGUUACUGGCAAGUGCGGUUCCGUCAGCGUGCGACUCGUCCCUGCUCCGCGCGGGACGGGCAUUGUGGCCGCUCGUGUCCCGAAGAAGCUGUUGCAGAUGGCCGGUCUUGAAGAUUGCUUCUCAUCAUCAACGGGACAUACGCGCACCCUGGGCAAUUUUGCCAAGGCUACCUUCUACGCAAUCUCAGAGACUUAUGCCUACUUGUCGCCCGACUUCUGGAGAGAGACUCGCUUCGCGAAGAACCCGUUCCACACAUACUCGGACCUACUAGCAAAGUCGGCUGUCGUCCCCACAAUUGGCGCUUGACCGAUGCAAGGACACAUUCUGUAAACACUUUGCGAAAAUAAAUGCCAUUGCUA